CCCCCGCCAUUCCCGUCGUCGUCCCCUGUUCCCCCUUCCCCCUCCCGGGAGCCGCCCCCCUGCUGCAGCGAUGUGACACGCCCCCUCUCCAUCCCUCCCUCCCUCCCUCCCUUCCGUCGCCGUCCCCUCCCAGGAAGAAGCCGGAGUCGGCAGCGCCGCGAGCCCAGCAUGGAGUAGGGCGGCCCGGGGCCGGCGGCGCCGCGCGGGCAUGGAGCUGGGCCCGGGGCCCUGCGCGCUGCCGCCCGCCGCCGGGGCCGGGGCGAGGGCGGCGGCGGCAGGGGGACCCUGCGCCGAGAUGCUGCAGGUGGCGGAGGAGGCCUUCCGCGGCGGCAACUUCGAGCUGGCGGCCGAGAUCUACGGCUCCGAGCUGGCGGGGCUGCCGCAGCCCGAGCGGGGCCUGUGCCUCCGUCGCGCUGAUGCGUUGGCCAGGGCCGGCCGCAUGGCCGAGGCGCUGGACGCCUACGGCGCGGCGGCGCGGCUGGCGCGGCUGCGGCCCGAGGAGCUGCGGGAGCUGGCGGAGAGCGUCGCCCUCAGCAUCCGCGACAAGGAGCUGCGCCUCCCGCCCUGGGGGAGCGGCGCGGCCGGCGGCGGCGGGGCGGAGGGUGAGGGUCUGGGCGACCCGGCGUGCUGCCGCCCGCCCGAGCUGUUCGCCUGCCCGCUGUGCCGGCGGCUGCUGUGCGAGCCGGUGACCCUGCACUGCGGGCACACCCACUGCCGCCGCUGCGCCGAGCCCGGCGACUGCGGCCGCUGCCACCGCCCGCGCCGCCCGGCCGAGCCGAGCCCUGCCGCCGCCGCGCUGCCGCCGGCCGCCGGCCGCCCGCGGGUCAACGUGGUGCUGGGCAACCUGCUGCACAAGUGGUUCGGUGCCGAGAGCCGGGCGCGGCGGCUCCGCGCCGAGGGCGACGCGCUGCGGGAGCGCCAGGAGCUGCCGGCCGCCCUGGAGAAGUACAACCAGGCCCUGGAGAUGGCUCCUUGCAAGUGUUCAUUAAUAGCACAGCGGGCGGAGCUCUGUACGUUGAUGAAGAACUACCAGCAAGCUCUUCACGACGCAGACAUCCUGUGCCGGAACAAACCCCACUGGCCCGUGGGCCAUUAUGUGAAAGCAAAAGCUCUUUCUGGAUUGGAAAGGACCGAGGAAGCAUUGAAGGAGUUUCUUUAUUGUGUUGCCUUAAAUCCUGAAUGGAGCUCAAUGAAGAAAGAAGCCCAAAAGAUAAUGUGUGAGAUGUUUUUCCCAGCCUUUGAAAAUGUGCAUGAUAGUCUAACAGCACCUUUCUCUAGUCGAACAUCCCAUACAAGAUUGAAACCUGCAUUUCUGAGUAGCAUAAACACACAGUCAGCUGUGGAAGAUAACUCUGUUGCGGGGUCCUCAAAGGAUUCUAUGUUCAGGUUAACAAAAACCCCGUCCCAAGAAUCUGAUGUAUUCAGAAGCACUGAUUCCUCUGUUACCCAUCAUGUUCUGGAUCUCUACUUUGAUGAGAACAAGAAGUCUUUGGGAGCUAUUCUCUCCAGUUUACCUGGGGUUGGCUUAAAAAGAAAGCUGUCCAGUGAUACAAGGGAUUUGCAGAGUUUGGAUGUCCCCAAUAAGAUUCUUAAAAAAGAUGGAGAUGUUUUACCUGAAAACACCACUGACACUUCAAGUGAAAUACCAACAACUCUAGUGGAUGCAUCGGACUUUGAGUGUUCUCUCUGCAUGAGGUUGUUCUACGAACCUGUUACCACACCCUGUGGACACACCUUUUGCCUCAAAUGCCUUGAGCGUUGCCUUGACCAUAAUCCACUUUGCCCUCUCUGCAAGGAAAAGCUGUCAGAAUUUCUGGCAAGCAGAACUUACAAGAAGACCGUCCUCACAGAAGAACUGAUAGUCCGUUACUUGCCGGAGGAAUUAUCUGAAAGGAAGAAAGUUUAUGAUGAAGAAAUGAAGGAAUUGUCAAAUUUGAAUAAAGAUGUUCCCAUCUUCGUAUGUACCAUGGCCUUUCCUACCAUCCCUUGUCCGCUCCAUGUCUUUGAACCUCGUUAUCGCCUAAUGAUAAGAAGAUGCAUGGAAACUGGUACCAAGCAGUUUGGCAUGUGCUUAGCUGAUGAAUUAAAAGGAUUUGCAGAUCAUGGCUGUAUAUUAGAGAUCAGGGACGUAAAGUUUUUUCCUGAUGGACGCUCAGUUGUUGAUACAGUUGGUGUCCGUCGUUUUAGGGUCUUAAGCCAUGGCCAACGAGAUGGAUAUAACACAGCAAACAUCGAGUAUCUUGAAGAUAAAAAGGUUGAAGGACCAGAAUAUGAAGAACUUGUCCGCCUUCAUGAUUCAGUCUAUGAUCAAGCUGUUGCCUGGUUCACUUCACUUAAAGACAAUAUGAAAGUGCAAAUUCUCAAUCAUUUUGGAUCUAUGCCAGGAAAAGAAUCAGAGCCACAGAGCAACCCCAGCGGUCCUGCCUGGUACUGGUGGCUCUUGGCAGUGUUGCCCCUGGAAAACAGAGCUCAGCUGGCUAUACUGGCUAUGACCUCCCUGAAGGAUCGUCUGAUCGCCAUCAGGCGCGUAUUGAUAUUUGUGACUCGCAAAAGACCCAGAUAACAUGGACUUUCGUUGUGAGUGGGCACCAAAAACAUCUCAUGACAGGUUGUUUUUUGUAUUUUUUUAAGAUUCCUUGAAAAAGGAACAGCCCUUUCUGACUGUGUCCUGCAUCCAUUGAUUGCAUUGGUUUGUUAUCUGGGUAUUCACCAAACCUUGCACACUCUCCUGUUGUCCCGGUGAAAACUGAGCCUCUGCAGAGCUGUGCUACAUUUAGAAUGUAGCUGAUGGAUGUGGAUAAUUGCUUCAAAGUACUUUGAUAGAAUUGAUGUUUCUAGUCAAGAGAGUUAAAUACUAGAGUAGUGCCAUUGGCCUGCAUGUGAUCUGAAUUUUCACUCAGUAAGAAGAGGAAACUGGACAGUGGAUUGAAGAGGUGUUUCCUAGACUUUCUUGAAGGUAGUGAAUAGAAGAGGAGUAAUGCUGCCCAGCAGUAUGCAUGAGAACUACAACCAACAGUACUCUCUGUUAGUGAAUUGGAAGGCAGUCUGUCAUACACCCACAUCUCUCUCUCUCUCUCUCUCUCUUCAGCAAAUAACAGUCUGAGGAAAAAACUGGUUAAGCUGUUAGUAGUCAAGGCAUCUGAGGAUGUUUAUCUGAAAGAAUAAUAGCUACUGAAUAAGCACACUAUUUGGUAGCCUUAGGUAAUCCCUCCUUUGUGAUUUACGUGUUGUAGCAGAAUAAGUAUAUACAAAAUAUUUGGAAAUAUGUACUUUGGUUUCUUUGAAGAGAAAACCCAAAGUAAUCCUAGCCAGUCUUACUGCUAAAUUCAAACCAAGCCGCUCACUAAAGUAUAAUAAACACUGCUGUGAAAUAAUGAUUUCACCCUGAGUAUGAGGGAGGCAUUCUGCAGUUUGCUCUCAACACCUGCUCUGUGAGUGGAACGAGCAAGGAUGAAAGGUGGGGAGGUUUCCAUCUCCUUCCUUCCUGCAGUGUCAUGCUGACCUCCUGUUACGUUGGGGUGGUCUCUACUGAACGUGUUUCAAACCGAAAGUAUUGUAGUUAAGUACCAGUUGCUGUAUGUGACGGAAAUCAGUCCACAGUAACACCAUGAAAGGAGUCACAAACCGAACCUACAAAGGCACGUCUCAAUGCAAGCUUCAGUCAGGUGUUAAUCUUCAUUUGUCUCUUUGAUUAUUUUUUUACGCAUUGUUUUGUUAAUAUCUUACAUUUAUAGCUAUUAAUUGAUAGCUUGUCAGUCAAAUGAUCACCAUAUGCUCAACUGCCAAUGAAAUAACUCAGUGUUACCAAUUCAAUUGGCAUAGUUUCGUAUAACUAGAACUGAUACUACCAACAGGGAAAAAAAGUUGACUUGAACCUCCAUGUGCUGCAAGCAUAGCAAGACCAAUGUAAAGACUUGUUCAUGUGCAGAAGUCUGGUAAGAAGUGGCUGCUUACCUAAAUGGUCAAAGUGCCUGGUUUCUUUGUUAGUUUUUUUCUCCUUAUUUGUCAAUGAAGAGGUAUUUAAACUUUUUUUUUUUUUUCCACUUUGUACAUGAAUUCUGGAAGAAGACUGCAUUAAAAUGCAGUGAUUGGGAUAUAUUACCUGCUUUCUUUGGGUAUUGUAGUUAUAACCUCUGUGGUCUGGGAAACAAAAAUUCCAGGUUUUUUUCCUUUCAGCAAAUGGCUACCACAAAUGGUUUCUGUAACAUACCCUGAAUGUACUGUAACUGCCUCUACCUUGAACACGCCUUUUCUAUUUAAGUGGUUUGUAAGUGUAUUCUCUGAAUUGUGAAGUGUGUAAUAUACAACCAGUGAUGUCAUAACCUCUACAGUAGCCUUCUGCAAGUUCUGCUACCACCACCAAAAUACUCAAAAUUCAAGUUGAAUGCAUUUCCUCCAGGAUUUGAAGACGAUGAAGAGGAAUUCACUGAAGUAUAAGGAAUUGUUGUAUUUGUGGGGAGGAAAUGUCAGAAGUCAGUAGGUCUUCAGCCAACUGUCAGCUGAGCUACUGAAGGAUGAUUCACAAACUAAUUCUCGGACCAGAAGAUGGACUGUAUUUGAUCUUGCAAUCCUUUCUGUUUAGCUUCCUGUUCUUCCCAUUCCUUUCCGUGCUGUGUAUUUCUUCAAGACUCAUUCAUCUUGCUUGUUUGUGUGUCUGGCCUAGUUUUGAGUAUUACUAGUUUAGCUGGAAGAGGAUGUUGAUGGUAUUUGUAUAUUGCUGGUCCCUGAUCUUAUAUGUGCUUAAUUUUACAGAUAGGAGUGCAUUUAAGAAAAAAAAAAUAUCAAGGUGCUAGUUAGUGUCUUCUUGGCUUUGCCUCAGUAAAUGUUAAUGUUAAUAUUCUUCUCUGCAAAAGUGAUUUUUUCCAGAUAUCUACUUUUGAGGUACUUCUGACAGAAAACCCUAUGAAAUGAGAGGUUGUUUACUGCUGUUUUGUAAUAUGUAAAGACAUUCUACAUGGGAAGUGACAUUACUGUGUUCAUGAAGGCCUGCAUAGUUAAUAGAGUGAUUGUUAUUGAAAAGAGAGCUGAACUGUAGAGGGAUUUUUUUUUAGUCAAGGUUUAAAGAAGUUUGUGAAUAUUUCAGUGACUGAUGUUUUGGAUAAAUGAUAACAACAAAGGAAUUGUCUGUGUAUGGAUGCAAGUAAUAAUAUUAGCAGCCCAAAGCUGACAUUUCUUCCAAAACAUUGUAUGCUGAUCAAAUAGCAAAGCUUUAAUAAAUAGAUAAAAUCACCACUGCCCUGUGGUACUUGCUUUUUAAGGGGAAGUACCAGUUUCAUUUUUACCAAAUCACCUCUGCCAUAUAAUAUCUGCAGCAUCCAGUAGUACCUCAUGGGAAAAGCUGUCUCGUUGCUCUCUAGAGGAAAUGUCCACGUUACAGCCAGUCUGCACUUAGGUGUAACUUGUUGCCAAGGUACAUGUGGAAGCAUUGGAGCUGAGCUCCUGGAAGAGAUAGACAGGAUUUGUUGCCUUUCUAGCUCAUUAAACUUUUCUUGCUUGCUGUCCAAGCAAGGAUGCUGGGAUAUAUGAUGAGUCUUUUCACUGUGGUGAAUGUGGCCCUUCUUUAUACAUCGUAAAGAGGCCAAAAAGAAAAAAAAAGAAAAAAAAAAUCCCUCUACCUCUACACCUGUUGUUCACCUGUAAAAUUUCAAGCUACAAAAUGAUAUAUAUAUUUUAACUUUUUUUGUCUUUCAGAAGCAUACUAAUUGUUUGCCACUGAGGCCUUUUAUCUACUGUAUUUUAAUAUGUUCAUUUGAUAGUCAUCAAGAUCUCUUUGUACUUCUAACCUGUAGAACUUGUCAUGUUUCUUACUGCUCCUUUUUCCUUCUUCUCCAGUCCACUUUUAAAUUGAUAAAUAGAAAGCUGUACACUCUAUUCCUGUUACAUUUUACACUAGUGGAACUGGUAUUUUGGUAGCGCCUUAAUUUUGCAGUUGUGAAAUGAUUGUAUCAACUCUUAUCUGGGGCUUCUGACCAGAUGUAAAUGAGUAUGUUUAAUGUAGAUAAACUUGAAACCAUUUUUUACUGUUUUAAAGCUAGAAAUGAAAUGGAGAGUGUACAUAUGUAUAAAUAUAAAUUAUUAAUCUGCACCUUUUUGUAUCUAGUAAAUACAGGAGAAGUUCAUGUUCUAACCACAUUUGGCACUUCUUGUUGCAUAAACAAAGCCAAAACUUUUUUUAAAAAUUGCAGUGUUCAUUUCAUGUGUAUUUGCAAUAUUCAUGGGAAAUGUGUUUAAUUUAUGUGAUAUUUGGAAUAAACCAGGUUGAAUUUA